UUUUCAACUCCAGCGAUUCGCGACGGUGAACGAAGCAGACAACUUUUCCACAUUCACACCGUAUCCCGCACGUCGAACGCUGCCAUCACAUUCACCAUGGCCAGUACUCCCAGCGUGCAAUGCUUCGGCAAGAAGAAGACGGCCACCGCUGUCGCUCACUGCAAGCAAGGCAAGGGCCUCAUCAAGGUCAACGGCCAACCUCUCGCUCUCGUUAAGCCAGAGCUCCUCAAAUUCAAGGUCUACGAACCCAUCCUCAUCGUCGGCCUUGACAAAUUUGCCGGUGUCGAUAUCCGUGUCCGCGUCACCGGUGGUGGUCACACUUCCCAGAUCUACGCUAUCAGACAAGCCAUCGCCAAGUCGAUAGUCGCCUACUACCAGAAAUUCGUUGAUGAACACUCCAAGAACCAGCUGAAGCAAGCCCUUGUCCAGUAUGACCGAACUCUCCUCGUCGCCGAUAACAGACGCUGCGAGCCAAAGGUCUUCGGUGGUCCCGGUGCCCGCGCCAGAUACCAGAAAUCUUAUCGUUAAAAGUCGCAACGGAAAUGGACGGGUUUAUGGGGAUGGGUUGUUUUGCUGAGCGCGAUAUUUGUGGGUUGUUGUAUCUGCUUGUGUCUGCCCCCUAAUGGUUGAUGUUAAAAUAUGAUCCAGCAUAUGGGAAAUGUCUGGACAUAGAAUAAAUAGGCCAGAUGUUUUUGCCCUAAAAUAUUAAAUCCUACUUUUCUUCUCUUGUUUA